AUGUUGGCAGAAAAUAAAGUGGGUUACGGUGCUGUGGCUGGAGUACACAAUGGACAACUUCCACAGCCUAACGGAAGGACACCGCAGGAUGGUGGAGGUGUAGGAGCAGUGCUGAUGCCAUCAAAAGGUGUGGGCCGGGCAAUGGGGGCACGAACUGGAUAUGCUGGCUAUCCUACAAAAGGAGUCGGAGGAUAUCCUGCAGUUUUAUCCCACCAAAAUGGAGAUAACUCCAAUGGAUAUCCUGUUAAAGCCAGUCCCACCAAUGGACAACAAACUAAAGGCUAUGGCGCUCAGGAUGGCAGAUAUGGAUGGCAAGGACCUAAAGGCAAUGGUAAUGCAGCUGCUGCACAUGGAACAAAAGGCAAUGGUUAUGGUGCUGGUUCUACUGGAAAUGUGCCUAACACCAAAGGUCAAGGAGCUGUAGCUGGUCCAUUGACUGGCUAUGGGACACGACCAAAUGGCCAAGGAGGAGCUGGAAGUAAACCUAUGAAAGGAUAUGGCCGACCACCUUAUGGGGCAGGACCGGGUAAGGGAGCCUUCAAAGGUCUGGGAAUGCCUCAGUUUGCUGGAAGUUAUAAAGGUUAUGGAGCUCAGCCCAUGGCAGGUUACAAUGUUGGUUAUGGCAGUGCUGGUUUGGGUCUGGGGCAUCGGUAUGGAAAUGGGUGGAUGAAGGGACCGAACCCAGGCUAUGGUGCAGCAGCUGGUGCUUCCAAUGGACAAGGAGCAAAACCCAACGGUUAUGCUGGGGCCAGAGCACCUUUCAGCAAUGGAGCCAUGUCAAAUGGUUAUGGAUCCCAGAAUGGUGGAGCUCCCAAGUCUGCAAAGCCAGGCUUCGGAAAUGUUCCAUACGGGUAUGGUGCCAAACCCAACGGAUAUGGAGGCUACAGAGGAGGUGCAGUAAGACCACAACCAGGUUAUGGGAAAGGACCUGCUGCCAAUGGAUAUGGACCCAAACCCAGUGGUUAUGGAGCUGCGGCAGGGCCUGGAGCUAAUGCACUCAAAGGAUACACAGCCAAACCCAAUGGUCACGGAGUUAGAAAUGGUGCACUGGGUGGAUACGGAGGAAACCCAUACGGGUACGGAGGGUCAAAACCUCAGAAAACUACUAAAGGACUUGGAGCACCAAGUGAAGGCGUAAAAACACUCGACAGUGGAUAUGGUGGUCCUGCUGGUGUAACUAAAGGGCAGUUGCCUAAAGCAGCCAAUGCAGGUUAUAACAUGCUGCCGAAUACAAAAGGCCAAGAUGGAAAGGGUGCAGGUGAAUUCAGUGGAAAGAGCCUCAAAGGUGGAGCUCUUUCUCCUGAGCAGCCAAGUGUAGCACCGCUGGAGGGCCUUUCCCUCCGACAAGCAAUAACUCGUGGUGCAGUGCCUUUUUCCCCGACAGGUGGUGUCCAUGCUGAGGUGUCAAAAGAGAAAUACCAAAAGCUUGUUUCCCCUUUGCCCCAAGAAAAAAGCUACAAGCAGACACCGCUGGUCCUUCAGGUUACACCAGAACCAGCCCCAGCACUUCCUGCCAAACACCCAAAGUCUUCAACCACAGGUCCACAGAUCAAGGGAGAGAAGGUCCCCAUAGCCAGACCUGCACAGGGGGUUUCCCAGAGUAAACCAGCACCAGGCCCAGCAGCUGUCUAUCCAGAAGAGAGUGGAAGAGCUUCAGUCUCCAAGGGUCAAGGAGCUAAACCAACCAAACAUGACUGUGGACCAUCAGGAGUACCAAAUGGGCAAUGGAUGAAUAUCCCUAGACCUGAUUAUAACACAGGUGCUGGAGCAUCUAUGGGCACAAACACCAAAGGUUUUAUUGCAGGAAGCCAAAUGUUCCCUGGACUUGGCAAUGGAUACGGAGCAGGUUUUGGACGAGGAGGCUACCUUGGAGGGGAAUAUAGGAACGGACAUACUUUUGGAGGUUAUGCAAAUGGUUACAGUGCAGGUGUACAGCCUGACUAUGCAAGCAUUGGACAAGUUGUGCCCGUUCCUGAUGGCAAAUCAGGUAUUGGCAUCGGUGGGCUGCAGUUUUCUGGGCAGCCUGUUGGUACGGGAAUUAAUCGUGCAGGAAAAUAUGGUUAUGGAUUUAGCCCCUAUGGUGCUGCAGGUGACGGAAAGCCGUUUGGAAAAUAUGGAUAUGGAGGGUUCCCCAAUGGUGGACAACUACUUGGCCUUGGCAACGCUGGAAAUACAGCUGGUUAUGGAAGGCUGCCUUAUGAAGCUCAACCAGCUGGACUGGGCCCGGAAACAAAAUCUACUGGUCUGGCUGUGUCACAAUAUCAACCUGACCCACUCGGGCUUGGACAUAAUGUGAAAGGAAAAUAUGGUGGCGCUGAGGGUCCCUAUCUACCACAGGCUGUUGGUUUUGAUGAAGCUAAAUCUUCUGGGAAAUAUGAUAAUCAGGGAGCUUACCAGUCACAGCCUCUUGAAACUGCAGGUGAAGCAGGUUUAACUUAUGAGCCCCAGCCCCUUGAGUCCAAUUCAGCUAGGAAAUCCUACGUGAAAGGAGAGCUGCCCACUCCAGGGCCUGCAGCUGAAGGCGUGGGGAGAUUCAUUGAUGGAUAUGAAAACCUGGGCUACAUAAAUGGCCGAGUGCAACCACAAGCCCCCACCCCCAGCCCCAACCUGGCCUAUCCGUCUGUCCACUCCCGUCUCCCUGCAGAGUCUUCAUUCACAGCUGACGCGAUGCCCGGUGAUGUUCGGCACUUCCCCGACCUAGAAGGGACAGCCGGCCUCACCCUCGACUCAGCACCCGCUACAGAAUCAGAGGGUACGACUCAGGUGUCCGAGCAACCCGAUGACCUGCCGCGUCAGAUACACAUCCAGCAGCAUCUCAAACUGCAUUUUCAGCCACAAGGAGCAAAGGACAACAAAUAUGAUCUGAAUGGCUUCUUUGGGGAUACUGGGCAUCAAGGUUAGCUCUACUGAGAACAACAAAUUGAAUCUCUCUUAAUUGUUGUUGUUGUAUGUCUAUAUAAUAUAAUAGUGAUAAUUUGGUGUCUUGUUUAGUUUUGUCCUUCACAUUUUUGUCCCAUGUUUACCGUUAUCCUUACAACUGAAAUGUAAUUUUGUUUAGCAUUUUUAAUAACCCCUCAAAUUAGUUGAAAUAUUUCUAAAAUCAAUAACUCCAUCUAAUUUAUUUUACAUGACAAAUUCUUUUUUACUACUUGUGGCAAUCAUGUGUUUGUUAUUGUACAGUAUUUGAGUAAUUAAA